CGGCAUUCAGUGCGCAGGUGCGAAGAAGCUGGCGGGGGCCCAGGCCGGGAGUGGGCUUGAAGAGGCGUCGUUUGGUUUUGGACUCAGUGACUGAGCUAUCAGGGUUCACCCGCUGGGCAGAAAGCGUUUAUCAGGGGCCCAGCCAAGAAGGAGGCCCGCGAUUUCCCGAUGGUGUCCAUGACUUUCAAGCGGAGCCGCAGCGACCGGUUCUACAGCAACCGGUGCUGCGGCUGUUGCCAUGUCCGCACCGAGACCAUCAUCCUGGGGACCUGGUACAUGGUGGUAAACCUAUUGAUGGCAAUUUUGCUGACUGUGGAGGUAACUCAUCCAAACUCAAUGUCAGCUGUCAACAUUCAGUAUGAAGUCAUUGGUAAUUAUUACUCGUCUGAGAGAAUGGCUGAUAAUGCCUGUGUUCUUUUUGCCGUCUCUGUUCUUAUGUUUAUAAUAAGUUCAAUGCUGGUAUAUGGAGCGAUUUCUUAUCAAGUGGGUUGGCUGAUCCCAUUCUUCUGUUACCGGCUUUUUGACUUUGUUCUCAGUUGCCUGGUUGCUAUCAGUUCUCUCACUUAUUUGCCAAGAAUCAAAGAAUAUCUGGAUCAAUUACCUGAUUUUCCCUAUAAAGAUGACCUCCUGGCAUUGGACUCCAGCAGCCUCCUGUUCAUUGUUCUUACCUUCUUUGCCUUAUUCAUCAUUUUUAAGGCUUAUCUAAUCAACUGUGUUUGGAAUUGCUAUAAAUACAUCAACAACAGAAACAUGCCAGAGAUUGCUGUGUACCCUGCCUUUGAAGCACCUCCACAGUAUGUUUUGCCAACCUAUGAAAUGGCAGUGAAGAUGCCUGAGAAAGAACCACCGCCUCCUUACAUACCUGCCUGAAGAAAUUCUGCCUUUGUCAAUAAACCCUAUACCAGCUUUUUGUCUUGUUUAUUUUACAGAAUGCUGCAAUACAGGGCUCUUCAAACUUGUUUGAUAGAAAAUACAUUUUCCUUUGUUUAAGCAUUUAUUAUCAAACACUAACAAGCUUUUUGGACAUCUAUUAAAAGUCAGUUUUUUUUGUUAAGUCUAUUAAAUUUUAGUAGUUUUUAAAGACAAUCUAGGUUAAGGAAGAGCAAAGUGCCAUUGUUUUGCCUUUAACUGGGGGGUGGGAAGGGGGUGUUCUCUACACAUUUUCUUUUUUAACUUUGCACUUUCCUUAUGUAAUAGUUUGCAUUUUGGUUAUUUGUUGCCCUGGAUACUUUCAGGAAGAAUGAAUUAGAUAUUCAGGGUGAGUGAGUUGGGUGUAAGAUCUGCAAUUUUCAGCUAUGAAAACAGGAAAAAUAUAUAACCUUUUAACUUGACUGUGGAAGAUGAUGGUUGCAUGUUUCUAAUUUGUUUGUUUCCGUCUUUGUGAUAAGAUGCUUUAAUAAAUCUCCUAAGUAUU